UGCGGGCGGAAGUACGGGCUGUGCGCGCCGGAAGUGACGUCGGGGCGGGGCCGCCGCCUGCUGUGAGGCGGCAGGGGCCGGGCGGCGGCGAGGGGGAGGGGGAGGUGAAGAUGCCGGUGGCGGUGAUGGCGGAGGGCGGCUUCAGCUUCAGGAAGCUCCUGGAGCAGUGCGAGACGCAGGAGCUCGAGGCCCCUGGAGGAAUUGCAACGCCUCUUGUUUAUGGCCAGCUUCUAGCUUUAUACCUGUUGCAUAAUGACAUGAAUAACGCACGAUAUCUUUGGAAGAGAAUUCCUCCUGCUAUUAAAUCUGCAAAUGCUGAACUUGGUGCAGUUUGGUCGGUAGGCCAACGAAUCUGGCAGAGAGACUUCCCAGGAAUCUAUACAACGAUCAGUGCGCACCAGUGGUCUGAGACUAUUCAACCAAUCAUGGAAGCACUUAGAGAUGCAACUAGGAGGCGAGCUUUUGGACUGGUUUCUCAAGCAUAUACAUCAAUAGUUGCAGAUGAUUUCGCAGCCUUUGUUGGGCUUCCUGUAGAAGAAGCUGUGAAAGGUGUGUUAGAACAGGGCUGGCAAGCAGACUUUUCCACUCGUAUGGUAAUGCCUAAAAAGCCAGGUGUACUGGAAGCUUCCUUUAACAGAUUUAUUCCUUCAUCAGAACCUGCUCCUGUUCCACCAAUUCCAAAUGAACAGCAGUUGGCCAGAUUGACUGACUAUGUGGCUUUCCUUGAAAAUUGAUUAUCCUGCUUCUCUAUCCAGAGCAACUUGGGAAUCCUGUGUACUGACAGUUCUAGAAAUCUAAGACUUAUUUUGUAUCUGUUAAAUGUUGCAGCAUCCCUUACUCAAAUGUGUAGAGUAUACCAUAUACGUUAUCCCAGUUUGUGUUUUGCCAAAGCCAAGAUAGCUACUGAAACAGUCCUUUAACUCCUGUAAUUUUUGUUCAGUAGGUACACAGCAGUAUUACUUAGUAAGGUUUUUUUAACUGACCUGUAGCCAAGAGAUGCAGAACUUUUUUCAGGUAUAUCAGAAAUGGAGAAGAAAAGCUUUGAGGAAUGAAGCAGAUUAAGUGUACUGGGGGAUUAAGGUUACUGAGUUACCUGCUUCUGUGGUGAGCACUGUAGUGCUUAUCGCAGGUCAGUUGUGUGUUGAUCUAAAGUACAGACUGUGGAAGACUGCGACCCAUAUCUGUAGAGAGCGAAUGUUUUGAUGAAACAGUAACUUAAAUAAGAAAACUAUUUACAGUAACCCUUUUGCAAGUCUAUUUGUGACAUUUUUUAUAGUUGAUCUUUUUUUCUUGUUGGCCUUUCUGGUUUGUCGAAUCUUCCUUGUUGUUUUGAUUGUGAGAAAUUUCACAUCAGGCAUGUUUUUAUGGCAGAAUAAUUGAAAGGCAAAUGUUCACCUUGAGGAAGAAUUUUACUUUUUGGAAGGUUUUAUUUUUGAGUGAGUGCACAUAGGACACUAGAUAUUUUGCUUGGAAACUGUACACAUUAGAGCCUGUCAUGUCAUGGUUCUUUUCAGUACACUGAGCAAGGAUCUGCUACCAAUGACUCUUACCUGUCCAAGCUUUCUGGAUUGGUCCUGCAGUUACUGGAAAGGAAUUUGAAAAUCAAGAGUAGGUGUUCUGGAGUAGAGGCCAGUCAGGAUAGGGAUGAUAUUUUAUGCUGCAAUAUCAGUUUGAGGAAUAGAUUUCCUAUACCAGAGCACUGCUUUGUUAAUUUUUAAGUUGAGAGUGGAUUGUAGAAGCAAAAAAAGACUUGUAUUUCCUGCUUCUUAUCGUUCUUAUUAUGCUGGUAAAAAGACUGUGGGAGAAUAGUGGUGCUCUAAAGGGCAGUACAUGCUUUCACUUCUCACCCCCAUUCUUCAACAUCAUAGUCAGCGGUUCCAUCAUUGAAGAUGGCAGGUGUGCUCUAUGUUGUGAUUGUUUUUCCAGUGUGCACUACCUACUGUACAUUCUCUUGGGGGAAUGUGUUAGGGAGGAGUUGUAAACUGUGCACUGCUGCUUUGAGAGCUCCCUUUGUACGUAAACAUUUAGUCAAAGUGAUUAUUUAUUUGAAACCCACCUAAGAUGUGGAUUUCUUAAUAUGAUGCAGAUUUAUUUUCAGUGAUAUUAAAGAACGCGUUUACAC